AUGGAAGAGGAGUUCACCAGUAGCGCCGCGAAACGACGCGGCAACGCCGGUGUCGGUGCUGGUUAUGCACCGCUGCAUAAUCACACCUUUCCGCACCUGACGGCACCUUUUAUGUGCAGUGACGAGUGCGCUGGAGAACGCACGAAGCUGCAGCACGAACUUUCGAACGCCGCGAAUGAGUUUGCCGUGAGCAGCUUGUUGACAUGGCCGCUGCUCUUUAUGGCGCGUACAUGGGCGCCCGCCUCGCUCGAGCACCGCGCACACGCGUCGGCGACCCCGGACCCGCACUUGCCGUGCCCGAAGUGCCCGGCUAGCAGCGACGCCACAGCUAAAACGAGGUAUCGGCAAUCUUUUUUGCAUGUGGGUAAACGCCGCCCUCUGCGGCUUGUGAUGGUGAUGGCCGUCGCUGCCUGCAUUCUUUUCUUAUCGCUCAUCGUGCUGCUAUUCCGCGGUUCUGCUCUCCCGUUGAAGCCGCGGGGUGUUUUGAACAUCACCACACUUCAGCCGAUGAAAGAGCUGAGGGGUCGGGCUCAAGGAACUGGCGUCUUGGUGCAGCACGAGGAUGCCGUGAGCCGGCUAAACCUCACUGCUGCGCAGCGAGCCUGCAUCGUGGCCGGCGCUGCGUACGGCGCCUGCGGGCUGGUCCACCUCAGCGCCAACGAGCUGCCCUCGUGGACACUGCGCGUUGUGGAGAGGGACUGCGCGGACUGCAUGGACACCUACACUUACCGCACCACUGUGAAAGGGGUGCGACUGCACAAGCGCCAUGGCGUGUACGCGACGUCGUCUGCACCGCUGGGCCGUGUCGGGCCGAUGCUGCUGGCGAUGACGAGCGUGACGGACGACGUGAAUGUGCGCACGGAGCUGCCGCAGUGGGAGUGGCUGCGGCACGUGUACGGUGAAGGGUUUCCGACCGUGGGUGGCGCUGGCGAGGGGGCUGCGCAGCCGCGGAGACCGUAUCUUGCCGUGAUGGGCAUCCCGUCGACGGAUCAGCCGGCGCGUGCUGCCCUGCGUGAGGCACAGCGCAGGACGUGGCUGACGUACCAGGAGGUGGCGCGCACGGAGAACCACUUCGAUGCCGCGCUGCUGGCGCUGUACGUCUUCGCCGCGGUGGAGCCCAAGGCGGCCCCGGGCGCAUCAGAGAGCUCUUCGGCAUCCACGCGCAACGGCACGUCCGCUGCGGAGCCGAGGCGAGGGCGCCUGAGCGCGCUGCUGCCGACGACGACGGAGUACAAGGCUGCCACCGAGGCGCUUCUGACGGCGACUGCGCAGGCCGAGGGCAUCGGCGACCUGGCCGCUGAGGGCAUUGUGCAGCGCCGGAUGGAGCUCCGCCGCGACUGGAACAUCGCUGCCGUCGAGGACACACCGUGUGCGGAUGUGAUCAGCCGCCGCGUGACUGUCGGCGCGGAGACGUCUGCGCUGUUGUACCUGAGCGGUGCCCUGUCGCUCCCCGUGACACCCGCGUUCACGUCGCCGGCGGAGUACGUCUGCCACGCGUCGUCUGCGCUGUGGCAGGAGGCGCUGACGCACCGCAACGUUGUGUGGAUCGACAUGAUGACGGACCGCCGGCCGACCACGAACAAGAAGCUUGGCGAGGACGGCAAGUGGGGUCUUCCCGUGGAGGUUGGGAUGAGCCAGAAGCUGAUCCUGUGGCUGGAGUACGCGUACCACGCCUUCAAGAAUGUGCCUUUCAUCAUCAAGGGCGAUGACGACAGCUACGUGAAGGUGCCGCAGUUCCUGAGCGAUGUGCGGUACGUGCGCAACGGGGUGAAGCGCGGUCGUUUUUCACCGCCGCUGCCACGGCCUCCGGCGAUGGCCAGGGCGAGAGGCUCGUCGGCCACAAAGGCCGCGACGUCGAGGAGAGCCAGGCACACGUACGAUCGACUGCCAGUGGAUAGAACGAAGUGCUUCUACUGGGGUAGCGGCCGCCGCAUGCUGGGCGUUCGCUUCAAUGCGGGUAUGCUGUUCAUGCUGCACCGCCGCCUCGCACAGGUUAUACUAGAGCCGCCACAGAGCAGCUCCGACGUCGAUCUUCGCACGCUGGCGGUGGCAGACUACUCCAACGAUCGGAGGUCGCUGUAUCGUCAAGCGGGACUGCAUCACGAAGACGUGAUGAUCGGCGUGACACUCCGGAAUCGAUAUAAUCGCUCGAUGGAGCUGUGCACUGAUGAGACGAUCUGGUACGUGAAGGAAAGCUACAACCGCUUCCACGACUUGCAUCGCGGGAAGCUGAAUCCCGUGACGUGGUCGACCGUCGUAGCACACCGCUGCCGACCAGCCGACGCGUAUUUCUUGCACUACUACUUCCAGAACGAGUACAGCGCCUCCACCGUGGAGAUCGCGCGCGGGGACGAUCGGGAGGAGGUGGCGAUCGAGGCGGCAGCGGAGUGGGUGGCAGAGCAGCGUAACGCGUUUUCUGACAGUGUGCCAGGGUGGGACGAUCUGCCGUCGGUGCUGUGGACGCAUAGGGCAUCGGCGGCACCGGAGUAUGUUGUUGCGACCGGUGACGACGUCGCCGUGUACAACUACAGCUACCAGUACUGGAGGGACAACUCUACCUUCGUGUGGAACGGCUACAGGUCGAGCCGGUGA